UACCGGAUUAAAACCUCAUUUUAAGUAAAAUCUUUCUUUUUAACAAAUGCCUAGAAACAAAUUUCAGAAUCAUAACUGAAGUAGCCAUGAAAGGAAAUGGAAGAAUUAUCUGUCACUACAGUUGGAUAUUUAAAGUCAAAGUAUCUUAAAAUGCCUGAAAACUUCACAGUGAUGUUAGGUUUUGUCAGUGUAGAUGUGCUAUUUAAUUCCCUCUGCAGCACAGUCUCUGCAGGAACACAGCAGCCUGAGGUCAGAUUAAAACAGGAAGCGGCCAGUUGGCCACGUGUGAGCCAGGCUGGAGUUAGGGCUUAAAGACAGAUCAGCGUCGGAGGAUAUAUAAACCAGCUCAAACAAAUAGUCACUCACAUGCAGUACUGUACCUCUCAAGUCAAGUUUUUUUCUUUACUGCAGAGCAUUCAGAAAUAUAAAUCAAUUUGCUACCUAAAUUAGAAGGAACAUCUUAAGAGAAUCGAAGAUCUACACACUGCAAACAGAACACCUGCUCUGCAUCUGCCGCACAUCUCCUUUGUGUUGUGCUCCCCUCUGCAUCAGCAGCCAUGGUACUGGAGGAGAACGAGUGUGACUCUGUCUUUGAGCCCCAAAUCACUGAGGAAAACGUAGAGACUCUGUAUGGGAAAGUCCACUGCAUCAUGACAGGAACUCCGAGGGCAAACCGUCCCGUCAUCCUCACAUUUCAUGAUGUCGGACUGAACCACAAGUCCUGUUUUGAAACACUAUUCAACCACGAGGACAUGCAGGAGAUUAUCAGACAUUUGCCUUUUUGUCACAUUGAAGCACCGGGACAACAUGAGGGAGCCAAAACUCUGCCUGCUGCGUAUACCUACCCGUCCAUGGACCAGCUGUCUGAAGCACUGCCUGCUGUCCUCAAACACUUUGGGUUGCGUAGUGUGAUUGGACUGGGAGUGGGAGCAGGUGCCUACAUCCUGGCUAAAUUCGCUCUCAAUCACCCUGGCCUGGUGGAUGGUUUAGUUUUGAUCAACAUCAACCCCAAUGCUGAAGGACUAAUAGACAGUGUUACAAACAAGAUCACUGAAUGGACACACACUGUCCCGGACAAAGUCAUCACACACUUAUUUGGAAAGGACGAGAUUGAGACCAACCACGACCUCAUCGCUACCUACCGUCACCACAUCACAACGACCAUGAACCAGUCCAACGUCAGCCAGUUCCUGCGCUCCUACAACAGUCGCGGUGCUCUGGAGGUGGAGAGGCCUGUUCCAGGAGGAAACAUCAACGUCAGGACCCUCAAGUGCUCCACCCUGCUGGUUGUAGGAGAUAAUUCUCCAGCUGUGGAGGCUGUGGUGGACUGCAACUCUAAACUCAACCCCACCAAGACCACACUGCUCAAGAUGGCAGACUGUGGGGGACUUCCUCAGGUGGAUCAGCCAGCCAAAGUGAUUGAAGCCUUCAAAUAUUUCAUCCAGGGCAUGGGAUACUUGUCCGGUGCCAGCAUGACCAGACUGCGGUCACGGACAACCUCCAGCUCCAGCAUCUCAUCCUUUGACGGCUCUCGGAGCCGCGCACACACCAACGACUCGCAGCGUGGCCGAACACACUCACGCGGCACAGAGGAGAAGCGCGGACGCUCACACACUGACAUCUCCAUGGAGAGUAUUUCUAACAGCAACAUGGAUCAGAUCAUCUCAAAGUCCACUGAAGUUGCAUGCUAGAGUGCACUCUGCCCCUGAGCACUUAAAUCCAAUCAUACCUCAUUAUAUCUACUCAGAUAGCUCCCCUCCUCUUCAACUUCAUCUUCAGUCUAUCAUGCCCUUUCAUGUGCACUAUCCUGAGCUGACAGGUCACAUUAUCUCUGUAUCACUUCUGUAUCCUCUCUCUCUCCUUAUUCCUUCAUCAGUUUAACCCCAACCUCAGCUUCGUGCUGUCUGCAUCCUGCUCUAAACUGUUACUGUAUGUCUCUACCUCUGCAUUCUUCUUUAUGUGGUUUUCUCACUGUCCCUGCUCAUGUUCUUGUGUACUUUCCUUUCUUUUCUUCUCUGUCCAGAAUGAGGAAACUGUGAAAGCUGAGUGUGUUCUUUGAAAAUUGAGUCCUUAAGCUACCAUGUGUUUAUGUAAAAGAUGAGUAUUGAUGUAUAAUAAGUGUAAUUAGGAUACUCCCUCUUAAAUACUGGUUGUUCGUAACUGUAGGAAUGUUUGUUGAUUAUAUGCAACUGUGACAGCUGCGUGUUAUUAACUGCAGGAGUGUGUUAUGGACAUAAAUUUUAGAUCAUGUUUUGACUUGGAGUUGCUUACUUAUUAUUUCUGUAAAGAUAUGUUAUAUUCAGCUUAAUCAUUGACAUUGUUAAAAUCACGGAUUGAAAUGGUUAACAUAAUUUAAAAAAGAAAAAAAAUUGUGACAAAAUACUGCUUCUAGCUCUCUGUUGUUUGUAGAUUCACCAUUUACAAGAUCUUUUUUGUUUUUUUUUUAAUAAAAGGAUACUAAGUCUAAGAUACUAAGAGAUAAUAGUGCUGAUUAGUAUGUGAUCAGAACAGAAAAGGUUGUUCAUACUUCAACUGCUGCAGCUCCAACCAAAAUGUCACAUUAAA